GCAGAAAAGUCGUUCAGGUGGAUUAAGACGAGUGUGCGUGAAGAGCGAGAUUUUCCGAGCACUGAAUCCGAGUAGGUUUGGGAUGCGUGUUCCGCAUUUAGCGAACUAGGGGAACUUGAAGGUGGCGAAGUCGGAAACUUGUCCCUCGACAUCCGCCGAACUUGACCCCGCUACGCAGACCGAGUGACUGAUUUACGAAAGCCAAGUCAAGAUGUAUUCCGACAUCGGAAUCAUACCCCAGAAACUAUAUGGAGACAGCAAUGUGUCAGGAGCCAUGGGUGGCGCCGGCGCCGGGAUGGCGUCUUAUUCGUCCGCCGCCGGGAUGUCGAUGAACGGCAUGCCGUCAUAUUCCAUGGAGGCGUCCUACGGCCGCCAAUCCUCGAGUCUCACAUCCAACAUGCUUUCCGGAUCCACUGCUUCCGGCGCCAACAUGUCGCCGAUCGGUUCCAUGGCUGCCAUGAACGGGAAUUGCAUGUCUCCGUCGAUGGGAUCGCCUUAUACGUCAUUGGCACCCUCCGUCAACAAUAUGACCUCCAUGGCGUCUUGCAUGGGUUCCAUGGGUUCUAUGAACAACAUCAACAGCGCAUUGUCAAGGUGCAACGUCUACCGCGUGUCAUCCAAAUAUCUUUCAGUUCAAACGGAAGUUAAAAUCAACUACAAGUCCCGCGGAAAAUGUUCGGUGCAGUUUCCCAAGCUCGUUGCUUGUUCUUCGCUCAGCAUCUCUUAA